AUGAAAACUCCCAAAUCUGUUUCUAAAAGGGCGGAUGCCAGUUUGCAGGACUUAACUGAUGACUUGGAUGACUUCUUGCACUUCAAAGUGAAAAAGAGCACACCAAAGAAUGCACAGAAGGAUCUUCAGACCCUGAAGAAGCUGGUGACUUCUGGAAAGAAAAAUACUUGCUGCCAAGAAUUGCAGUAUCCAGAGGUUUCAAGUGACAGCGAAGACUCUGUCUUUGUAGAAAAUUCAUGGCAGGACUACCAAAAAGGGGGAGUGAAAGACUUAAAAGAGAGUUGGAGGUGCAUAAAACACACACCUCCACAAAAUCUGAAAGAGUCAAUUUCCAGAGGCAGUCCAGACUUGCUUAGUAGAAGGAAAGAAAAAUGCUGUGAAGAGAGUACAGAAAAUGAAGUGCCAGCUGUGGCACUACAACAGGGUACAGGGCUAGAAUCAGAUAGCUCAGAUGAUGAAUUUGAAUCAUUAAUAGAACGGAUAAGGAAACGAAGUACACCCCGAAAACCAAUCUUAAGCACAUGUAAAACUGUCUACCAGCCAAGCACAAUAGAAAACAUCAAGCCACCCUGUGAAGAUGCCCAGCCCUUGAGAGGGGAGGGAGUUAAGACACCAAGGCCAAACACCACUUCACUUCAAGAAACACCUUCCAGCGUAAUGGCUUCUGCAAGAAUUCCUAGGAACGACUUAGUCAGUUGCUCACAAUCAGCAAAGACAGACAAAAGGCUCAGGUUGUGCUCGGUGCCUGGCUGUUUCUUGGAAGAUCUCUCAAAUCCAGCUUCCCACUAUGUGAAGUAUUUCAAGAAAAAUAAAGAGGAGCUGGCACAGAAGCUCUACAGUCUGUAUAACAGUACAAUCUUUGAGCAGAAGUUACCAGAUAAAAUGGUAAUAAACUGGAAUAAGAAAAUGAGAAAAACAGCAGGAUAUUGUGUAACUGGGCAGACACACGGUCCUGAAGGAAAGCGUUACGCUCGCAUAGAACUAUCUGAGAAAGUCUGUGACUCUGCAGAUCGUCUUCGAGACACACUGGUUCAUGAGGCUUGCCAUGCAGCCACCUGGCUGAUCAAUGGUGUUCGUGAUGGACAUGGACAAUUCUGGAGAUUCUAUGCCAAUAAAUCAGCUGUGAUUCAUCCGGAACUGCCAGUAGUAACACGAUGCCACAGCUAUGAGAUUAAUUACAAAUUCAUCUAUGAGUGUGUUCUGUGCAAAGCUACGAUUGGACGUCAUUCCAAGUCUCUGGAUACAGAGCGCUUUGUGUGUGCGUUCUGUGGGGGGCAGCUGCUCCUGAGUCAGCCCACUCGGAAGGAUGGCACUCCUGCUAAGACACGUCUAACGCCCUUUGCAAAGUAUGUGAAAGAAAACUAUGGACUUACUAAAGGAGAGCAGCAUGGGAUGAGUCAUGCAGAAGUCAUGCGGAAACUCAGUGCUGAUUUUGCUUUAAAAACUAGGCUUCAAGAUUCCUUGUAA